AUGUCCAAUCAACAAUCCACUAAUGGACGAUUAUCGAUUAUUAAUCGAUCAUCAACAGUAGAUGAAUGUGAAAAAAAACAAACGAAUGAUGAUCGACGAUCAGGAAGAUCAGAAUCAAACCCAGAAGGACUAACAACUAUCAUAAUUCGACCAGAUGAAACAUCUGUUCCAUCUGGAAUUGCUCAAUCGAAUUCUUCAAUUGAAUCAAAUCGUUUGCGUUCGAAAACUGCUUCAACCAAUGGAUCAGGCGCUGAAUCAACAACAUCGAUUGGUUUUAAUAUUCUUCAAUCAAUAAAAGAUUUAACACAUCAAGAAUUAUAUCGUGCUAAUCCAUUAGGUCUUCUUGGUAAAGAAGUUAUUUCUGUAACAGGAACAACACAUUGUCCUGAACCAAUUCCACCUAAAGAAAGUGAUGAAACAAUUACUAAUAUGCCUGAUGGUACACCGACAUCUUCAUCGAAUAAAUUAACACCAAUAGAUGAAGAUGAACCACAACAUGUACAUUUUCCAUUAAAUGAAGAAGAAAAAAUUCAAAUGCAAAGACGUCGUUCAACAUUAACAAGCCUAUCUGAAACAACAGCAUUUUCACCAUAUCCAGCUGAAUUUAUGUCAAAUACAACUAAUGAUGAUGAUGAUUUUCAACCACAUCUUUUUACUCAACCAUCAGCUAGUACAAUGGUUGCUGAUUUUAUACCUGAUAAAAUGACAAUCAAUGUAUUUGAAGUUUUUAUUUAUGCUUGGGGUGUAUUUGCAUUCUUUAUUGAUAUGGUUACUGAUCUUGUUUUAGCUCAUGCUUAUUAUGUUGAAGGUGCCUAUUGGCUUUUUAUAUUAACUUUAAUGUGUGUUAUUGUUCCCAAUUUAACUUUAUCGAUUUUUUCACUUGUGUGGUAUAUUGAUGGUAGUCAAUUAAAAUCAGCUAGAGAUGAAAAACAAACAACCACACAAUGUGAUACAUCUAUGUAUGAAACAAAUGUAUCUGAUGAUGUAAUUACAAAAGAUCCACGAAGAAAUAGUAAAGGUUCAGAAUUAAUUCCAUUACAUGAAAAACAAAAUUCAGUUAGUCAUACAGAUAGUUGUCAUGAAGAAGAUCAAUUAGAUGAACAUAUAUUACGUUUAAGAAAUCGAGCGCAAAUAUUAGACAAAGAUGUACAACAGCAACAAGAACAAUAUAUAUCUAAAAGAAAACAUUUUCAAUUUUCUGCUGCUACUGCAAAUGUUUUAACAUGGAUUAUUCGAAUUAUUAUACUUGUACUUCAAUUAGAUUUAUGUUUAAAAUAUAUUCGUGGUUUAUAUUAUACAUGGAAAGGUUUUCAAAAACGUAAUAAUCCGAAAUGGGCACGUUUUUAUCUAACAAAACAAAUAUUAAUUGAUGCUGAUAUUGCAUUAUUGCGUGUUUUUGAUUGUUUCAUGGAUUCAGGUUCACAAGUAACAUUACAACUAUAUAUUAUGUUACGACUCGGUUCAACAUCAAUGAAAUUUGAUACUCUAUUUUUGAAACAAUGCUUAUCUAUCGUUUCAUCACUUGGUUCAUUAGCUUAUGCACUUAGUGGUUAUUCACGUUGUUGGCGACAUAUGCAAUUAACACAUUCACCACAAGGUUGGCCUAAAGGUAAACCAUCACCACAAUUGGUAUCUUGGUGGAGUACAAUCAUACAAUUUAUUUGGUAUCUAUUUUUGAUAACUCCAAGAGUUUUAGCGCUUGCGAUGUUUGCUGCAACAUUUCGUUCAUGGUUUUGGAUUAUAAUUGUCGCGCAUUGGUGUGGAAUGCUUUUUUGGAUUCUUCGUUUUCGUACAAUUUUUUGUAUUACUGAUCAAACUAAAUACAAUCCUCGAGAAGCUAUUUUUGAAAAAUGUUACAAUCUUGUUUGCUCAUAUAUAUUUAUAUUUUGCUAUAUGAAUUUGCGUAAAGGUGAUACUCGUACACAUUAUAUUGGUUUUUAUACAAUUUAUUAUAUAGAAAAUAUUGCGUUUUCUAUUAUAUAUGCAAUUCAUUCAGCUGAAACAAAUUUAAUAUUUAAAUAUUCACUUGUCUCAUUUGUUUGUUGUGGUUUUUGGUUAGCUAUUUUAUUUCAAUUUUUAUACUAUCGAUUUUUACAUCCAAGUGAACAUGUACGUCUAAGUACAAAACGAAACAUGUCAUCUAUUGUACAUAUGCGAACAGUGUCACAUUGUAAUCAUAUUAAAAAAUCGAAAUCAUGCGAAGAAAUGAUUACACAUAAUGAUAUACAACAUUUACAUGAAAAUAAUGAACUUAUUGAUACAACAUCAUUACAAUUGGAUAUAAAAGUCGAUGAACGUUUUCAUAAUCGCUUUUCAAAAGGAAAUCGACAAAAACUUAUUUUACAACAACAAGUUAUUGAUCAAAGAGCAAAAUUAACUCGAGCACAAAAACAGAAAGAAGAAGCAUUGAAACGUCAACGACAACCACCCUAUAAUUUUUUGACGCGAUUAUCAAGACCAUUUAAACGUCCAACAACUAUAUCAGCAUCUUUAAUGACAGAAUCUUCCGAGAAACUAAAUAAUAAUCCUACUCAAUCAGCUACAAUUCAUACAUCUGAGAUUGAUAAUCAACUACAAUCUUCUAAUAUCUUACAUGAGCCUUAUACUAAGAUAAAUCAGGAAGUAAAUUUUGAUAAUCGAAAACUUUUCGAACAACAACAACAAUCAAAAAUGUAUAAUAUUAAUGAAGAUACGCCUUUAUCAGAUGACGAUACAAUUUCUCAUGCAAAUAAUGUUACAUUAGAAAGUGGAGAUGGAAUGAUUUUAACUGCCUCAAAACUUACAUCUCACAUAACGCCUUCUACUCCUUCUUCCGCUUCUGUUGUUAACAAUACGACGUCAUCAUCAUCAUCUACAAUACCUGCUUCCUGCUAA